AUGACCUCUAUUGGAACCGGGUACGAUCUCUCGGCCAGUACCUAUUCUCCCGAUGGUCGUAUAUUCCAGGUAGAAUACGCGAACAAGGCAGUAGAGAACUCUGGCACCGCGAUCGGCUUGCGCGUCAAGGAUGGUGUGGUUCUCGCGGUGGAGAAGCUGGUACACUCCAAGCUCUUGGUACCGGAGGCGAACAGGCGGAUACAGACAGUAGACAAGCAUAUCGGUUUGGCAUCCGCUGGUUACCUCGCGGAUGGAAGGCAUCUGUCGAACCGUGCCAGAGAUGAAGCUUCAAGCUACCGCGAGAACUACCGCGCUCCCCCGACAUUGCAGUAUGUCGUCGACCGUGUGGGAUUGUACGUGCAAGCGUACACCUUGUACUCCUCCGUACGGCCAUUUGGAUGCAGCACGAUUCUUGGUGCUGUGGACAAGAACGGGCCCGCACUUUUUGUUGUCGAGCCCAGCGGUGUAUCAUAUGGUUAUCGAGGUGCUGCGGUCGGCAAGGGCCGUCAGCUCGCAAAGACUGAGCUUGAGAAGCUCAAGUUCGCAGAACUGACGAUGAGGGAGGCUGCCGUUGAAGCUGCUAGGAUCAUUUACCUCGUCCACGACGACGCGAAGGAGAAGGAUUUCGAGCUCGAAAUGUCCUGGAUUGGCGAUGAAAGCAAUGGCGUCCACCUGCCUGUCCCAAAAGACCUUUUUGACGAGGCAUCGAGGAAGGCGAAGGAAGCAUUGGAGAACUUCGAGUAA